GCAAUUAACCAUUUUAAAGAUGGCGGAAAGUUGAAAACUUUCAAAGAACAGAAAGAAAUAUGAUUCUAUUUCGGUAAAACCAGGCUACAAAGAAUGAACCGAUCAAAGUUGUACAAUGCAACUCUACCUUUGAGUGUUGAUGACAGCUUGAACACGGAUAAAUUACAGAUGGAUCUAAACUCUGGACCCUACCUAGAGUACCCCGAUGGGACGGUGCCAAUGGUAACAAAGAUGAACACAGGGCGAAUGUCACCAGUUCGGUCCAGGACCAUGAAGGAAUAUGACACACAAAUAACAGACCUGAAGAAGGAGAACUUUAAUUUAAAACUGAGGAUUUAUUUUAUGGAGGAGAGAAUGCAACAGAGGCUUGGAGAUGGGGACGAUGUGUUCAAAAUUAAUAUUGAACUGAAAGUAGAGGUGGAGACUUUAAAGAAGGAACUGAAAGAAAAACAAGAAUUAUUGAAAAAGGCCUCGGAAGCCAUAGAAACAUUGUCCACCAAACGUGAAGAAGACUUGCAAGAAAUGAGACGAGAAAUGGAGGAAGAAAUGAGCGAGGUCAGGCAGAAACUGGAGGAGGAAGUGGAGUGUAAAAAGAAGGAGGUGGAAGCUUCCCAGAAGUCCCUACAGGAAGCUACCCAUCAGCUGGCUGACCUGGAGAACCGGAAUGAACAACUCCUGAUGGAGAUCCGGCAUCUGGAACAGUCCAAAGAAAUCCAGAUGCAGUCAUUAAAGGAAGAUUUGGAUGCACAAAGAAGGGAGCUGGAAGCUCAAAUUGAAGAGAAUCAGAAAAACUUGGGGCAGGCAGACCAUCUUCAGAGGAUGAAAGAGGACCUUGAGGAAAAGGUUGAAAUGUUAGAGAAGGAGUUGUCACGCAAAGAUCGGGAUAUGGAGCAUUUGUCUUGUAUUGUCAAAGACACCACACAGGUAGAAAGUGAGUCCUUCCUGGCCCCCCGCCAUCUACAGGAUGAGGUGGAUGAUCAGAGAUCUGAAUUAGAAACUUUGAAAACUAAAGUGGAGGAUCUGAAGGAAGAUGCCAACAAAAAGAAUGAAAUGAUUGGAAAACUUGAAGAUCUGUUGAAAGCAAAUGAAGAAGAAAAGAAAGAUGCUCUGAAGAAAUUAAAAGAGGCAGACAACAAAUUAAAAAAGCAUGAAGACUUACAGCCAGUGUGGGACUCCACUGUUAAAGGUCUACAUCAGGACCUCAGGAAGAGAAAUAAAGAGGUCGAUGACUUGAAGGAUAAACUAGAGAGAAAGGAAGAGGAGCUCAGACAGUGUAAGGAUGAACUCCACACCCUGUCUGUUCAGAAACAGAAGGAGGUAGACAAACAGCAUGAGGACCUCACGUUUUUAGAAGACAGUUUGUCCAGCAUGAAACUGCAUCUCAAAGAACGGGAGCUGGAAGUCGAGAAUUUGCUGAAAACUCUGGGUAGGAAGGAGGGAGAAUUAGAGGGAUUCAAAGAGCUGCUGAACAAGGCAGAGACAGCACUAAGGCAGAGCGAAGAUGCUGUGCAGGACCUGCAGUGUCAGCUGAGGAAAGAGAAGGAAAUAGCUUCAGAGGAUUACAGAUCUCAACAUUUGAAGUUCAAGAUUGAUGACUUGGAGGCCCAGCUUCAAACCAAGGAUAAGAUCAUACAACAGCUAACAGACAGUUUGAAGGAUAAAGAGAGACAGAUGCAGCAGUGUAUGGAGAUCUUCAGACCCACCCCACAGAAUACAAUCUCUGUUGAUGCAUACAACAUAAUUCGUAAAUCUCUUGAAUUUGUUUUUCAAUGUCAGGAGGCUUUGAAUGAGAGGAUGAAACUAGCGGAUGACAAGGAUGCUGAAAUCCGACAACUGAGACGUGAGAUUCGUGACAAAGAGCAUGAGAUGGAGCGAGCCAAUCAGAUGUUACUGACGGCAGAACAGACCAUUGAGUGCCUUGAGAAAGAAGGAGAUGAGAAAGACAAGACUUUAAAACAGCUGACAAACUCACUUAAGGCAUCCCAGAAAUCUCUACAGGAUGCUUUAGAAGAUCACAAAGAAGAGAUAAAAAAGAAAGAAAAUGAGAUUGAAAGGUUGAAGAAAGGAAUUAAACUUCCAGAAGCUGAACUCCAAGAAUCAGAAAAUGCCGAGACAUUGAACAGUUUGUUGAGGAAAUUACGUGACAAGGAUGAGGCUCUACUGAAACAAGCGGAGAAACACGACACUGAAAUGAACAAGCUAGACAAGGAAAUUCACAAUCUCAAAACUGAGCUGGCUCAAGUCCAGAGGGAGCUGCAGUCAGUGGAAAACAGGUGUGGUUGGUCUGAGAAAAGGAAUCAAGACACUUUAGAUGAUUUGAGAGAGACACUUAAGGAAAAAGAUAAAGUCAUUGAGGCCUUAGUUGCCAGUGGACAAGAGAAGGAGAGAUUAAUUGUUGAUUUACGAGGUUUGCACUCAAACACAGACACUGUUAGCCUCCAGUUCCAGAUAGAAAAACUCAAAAAUGAACUUCAGGACAAAAAUGAUUUACUCGAUUCAUGGACGUUUGAUGAAAACGAACAAGUUAUCAGUCGAAGAAUAGAGAAUCUUCAAUCUGAGCUGGAAGCUGCAAGAGACGAUCUUCAACAGGCUCUGAAGAGAGAAGAAAUCUUAAGAAAGGAGUUGAAUGAUCUCAAACAGAAGGAAGGUCCAGCCCAAGUCAGAGGGGGAGAGAAUCACAAAGUGGAGAUAGAAGUACGUAACGUCUGUGAACAUCACUCAGGCACCAGUCCAGGAAAGGCAGAGAAUGUGUCAAUAGAGGAAGGUCAAAAGUUGAAAGAAACUCUGGAAAAACAGCUCUCAGAGCUAAAACAGCUGGGUGAUACAAUAAAGAAAGAGAGACAGAUCAUCCUAAACUUGAAUGAAAACGAACCCCAACUAAGUGGUGCAAUCCAUGAGGAUUUGUGCAAGGAAUUAAAGACCGUGCGAGAUUUGCGAAGAGAUUUGGAGGAGGUUUUGGACAAAAAUAACAAAAUGACUCUAAACUUGGAACAGCAGUACUUACUGUAUAAUAGAAGGUUUACUGAUGAUUAUACAACGGGAAUUAUGAGUGAGCUGAACUCGGACUUAGAUUCUUUAAAGAGGGAGCUGGAACAGAAAAAAGUGGAAAAUAACACACUGUUGGCCCAGUUGUAUGACAUCAAGUAUAGCCACAGGGACCAUGAUGCCAUGCCUGUGUCGGGACAGACAUCGCCGCGGAGCGAGACACGAUGGAGCAUGGCGUCUAGUUCAAGUUCCUCCUCUUCUUCACCGGAGUUUGACGUCCCCCUGAAUCGGCAGACGCUGUCUGACAUGAGCGCCCCUAUGUUGCGGAGGUACAUCAGGCAGAUCCAGAAACAGCUGGAUAGUUCUGCCCGCGAGAAAGACGAACUGCAAGAAAGGUUGAACCUCUCGCAGAGGGUGAACGCUCGGGAAAUUCCUGGGACAAACGAGGACGACUUCAACAGUGUUCCUCAUCUCAGAAUGGAGGUUCAGAGCUUGAAAGGCAAAUUGGCAGCGGUAGAGAUUGAUCUGAAGGUGUUACGGCAGAAGUUUGGAUUGGACAAGGACAUGCCUUGUAAAUAUACUGAACUUCCCUAUGUGCCUGAUCUACAGAGGGAAAAUGUCAAACUGAGAAACGAUUACAGGAAUGCGCUGGAUAAAGUCUCUUCUCUGCAAGAACAAAUUGACAGUUCCUUAAAAUCGCAGAAAGAAAAAUUGGAUAAAUUCAGUCAAACAGUGGCUUGGAGUGGUAUGAUGCCACCCCUUGGGCCCAAAUCAACCGAUCUGAAGUGUCAAAACAAAAAGGUCCCUAGUCAGAUACCCAGGCUCCACAAACCUGGACAUCCUGUCAACGGGGAUCUCUCUCAUCUUCAGAAACCAGAAAUCCUCAGAGAAAUGUUGUCUGAGUCUAAAAAUAGAAUCAGUGACCUGGAGGCCAAGUUAGAGGCUACUGAGGGGACAGUCAGAAUUCAGACACAAAAAAUGAAGCACUACAAAUCCAUCCUGGAAGAACAUGGCCUGAUGGCCAAAAGUCCAUGCAUCAGCCGCUCUCAUAGUGAGACCAACCUGGCUGCUGCCACGGCAACUACCUCCAAGAUACCUGUCCGAAAAAGAGCCAUGUCAAUAGAGCAGCUGAAUGCUGUGGGGAAAUCUGAUUUAGAAGGGCAGAAGAGACACGGCAGUGACAGUAGUGAGGGUUCCCAGGAGAGCACGCUGCUUCCCUCCCAGACCUUACUGGACCUUCAGGAGAGGAUGACCUACUUACAACAAAGCCUGCAGGAGACCAAGAACAACAACUCUGAACUGCAGCAAAAACUCCAGGCCAAGCAACACUCAGACCAAACCAUCGCAGAGUUAAAAUUCCAGCUCGGACAGAGCAGAGAGACAAUUGUGGCCCUGGAAAAGCAGCUGAAGUCUUAUCAAGGGUCUUCUAUGCAAGAAGUGCUGGAACUGCAGAGAGAUGAGAUAGCUGUUUUAAGAAAAAGGUUGUGUGAUUCACAGAAUUCAUGUGUUCAGUUAAAUCGUUGGUUGGGUGAGUUGAGUGUGUAUCUGGAUGGGCUAACGGAAGAAGGGUAUGGCAGCAUCAAACUGAAAGUCCAACAGACACAAAAGGUGGCUAAGUCACUCACACAUCUUCUAGAUUCAGAUAGUGAUGACUCAGGGAAUGAAGGAGGUAAACUUUUAAGUGGAAGUCAUUCACCAGUGAAAUCUCCAAAGAGAGAGGCAAAAAGACUUGCUGCAGAGUUGGAAGUCAAAGAAACAGAAAUAAACUCAUUGAAAGAGGAACUGGAAGAAAAGAAAGCUUUCAUUGAUAGAUUAAACACCAAUCUACUGAUAGCUCAGAGGCAGUUACUGAACUGGCAGGACUAUGGAAAGGGAUCCUCCACUUCUGGUACGAGUGCAGCUGACGGAAAUGUCUUCGAAAGCCGUCACCAGAGACCAAGGGAUGUCUUCCUUAGAGACAGUCUGUCUCCUGCUUCUCAGACAUCAAACAGACUGCCUGGGGAUCACGAGAUUUCUAUAGAGAAAGUGAGACACAGUAGUGAGAGGACUCAGAGUUCUAGGAGGUCUUCUGAUGAUAUAGAGGUGCAGGACACCACAGUGACAUCCACACAUACACAAGGUUCUGUGCAUUCUCACAAAGAACCAGUCAGUGGUAAGGCUGAUCAGGUGGACUUUGGACCCAAUGUCACUACCCCUCUAGGACUGUAUACUUUUAACUCUGAUGAGCGUUUGUACGGGAAUGCCAGAUUUGCUGAUCGAGACAUGUUUGAUCAGAGUCUGCCCGUGAACGGACAUGGUGAGAUGACUUUCAUGGAAAAUAGGGAUUUCUUUGAAAAUGUGAGCAGGUACAGUGAGUUGGAUGACACUCGAGUGACUCAGCGAUCAAGUUUCAUGAACAGGAGUGUGACUGUUCAGUGUGAGAACCAGCAGUUGAAAUCACGAUUAAACGUGAUGGAGGACUUGAACAAGACCCUGAAGGAUGAACUUCAGGCCUACGAAAACUUGUGUUCAUCCAUUGGUAUUCAGAGCUCACCUAGGAAGUCUCCACGGAAAUCAUCAGAGGAUGGAGAUCUGCUGAGGGAGCACCUGGCGGAAAUCCGAGCCCUGCGAAUCAAGCUGGAGAAGUCCCUGAAAGACAGCGAGAAGCUGAGCCAGAAGUUACAGCAGGAUAUGGAUGAGUCCCAUACAUCAAGUAAUACUACAAAUGUGUAUAUGUACAGCCAACAUCAAGCCCAUAUAAACGAGUUACAAAGAGUCAUCGACAAGCUGAAGACACAGUUACGAGAGAAAGAAAACAGCAUCACCGAGAAAAUCACCAUCAUCAGAGAAAAAGAGAGGAUCAUCCACGAAUCCAAAACCGUCAUCUCCGAGAAAGAGAAGAGGAUCGGGGAAGUCUUACAGGAGAAGGAGGAGCAGACGCGGUGCAGUCAGCAGACGUUAGUGGUGCAGCAGAGGAGGAUAGAGAAGCAGGACGAGGCGAUACAGCAGCUGAAGGAGAAACUGGAUCUACAGGUGGAGAGUCUCCAUCAACAGGAGUCCAAACUGAAGGAACAGUACGAGGUCAUCCAGAAACAGGAACUUCUGCUGGCAGAGGUUAGGGAUAAUUUAGCCUGCAAAGAGUCAACAUUAGAGAAGCAAUAUGAGCUUCUACAGCAGCAGGACCUGCAGAUAGAUAAACAGAAAGAACUGAUAGACCAGAAGGAUAAGAGUUACCGCUCACUGGAUGAGGAACUAGAGACGGUGACCGGCCAACUCCGCCACUUACAGAGGGGCGCUGAGGGUUCAGUGGGGGACCAGGAGGGGGCGGGGAUACAGGUCCUGAGGGACAAAGUGGAGAAGCUGGAGAAGAUGGUCAGCUCCCAGAACAAGAAGAUGAAGCAGCAGGAACAAUGGUUGACAGAGAAAGACAAAACCAACUACAAACUACAGCAGAUCAGGGACAGGCUGGACGAGAACCUUAAAAAGUCGUCCAAAGAGAUCAAAAGAUUAAAAGAAGAAAUGAGGACUCUGAGAGAUCAAGUCCAGGAAAACAAAGAUCUGAACAAAACUCUGAAGCUGGAAUUAAGUGUCUACGAAAAACUGGAGAACACAGAAAAUCAAGGCUGGAGUAAUGGCAAACAGGACAGCUUUGACAUGAGAGAGUUCCUGACAGAGCUCCGCCAUCUUAGAACUCAGCUGGAGAGGUGUAUAGAGACCAACAACGAACUGAGGAAGAAAAUAGAGGAACAUCUGAACGCCAAGAGUCAGCGACAGAGGAUAUCAAAGACAAACAUCUACCACGUCAAAGACCCCAGUCCUGUUACAUCUAACAGUACGGAUGCACCCGAUGGACUGCCGAGUAUGGAGCAGAAGUCGAGUGGGUUCAAAGGUCACCAUGAGUCUGUAGAAAUUCUGAGGGGCACUGCUGAUCAAGAUUCCAUGAAAAGUCUGUCUCAGGAUUCAUGUAUCAGCGAUUGUGCCUCAGGAACAUCAUCAGAUCUGGGAAAACCUGGAUUUGGAAUAGCCACAUGGCCGCUGACAGCUGACAAUCCCCUGAAGGCCCUAGAGAGUAUGUCUAGUCCAGGGGGUACCUUCCAUAGGACACACCUCAGUAUGGCAUCGUCCAGGCUCCACCAGUCUGACGGAAAUCUGUCCUACUACGUACAGGACUCACCCAGUGUACUAGCUGACAUGACAUCCCAGAAGGUGGACUCAGAUCUAAGAACUCUGUUUGCCAUUGGAAAACUGGAUGAUUUUGAAAAGCUGAAGAAAGAAAACGGAGAAUGUGUGGUUGUGCUUAGAGGAAUCGAGGCCCGCAUUAAUGACAGGUUGAAGAUCUUCCGCAAUAUGUCUCCCAGGGAGAGUAUGGAGUACAGUACCCUGAAGGAACUCUCCCUGAGUGUGGAGAAUCUACGGAUCUGUCUGAAUGAGGAAAAGUCCCUCCUCAGCUGUUUCUGGACCAGCUCUCUCCCCAAGGAAGGCGUGGAGUCCAAGCUUAUGUUUGAGAAUGAAUCCCUGAAAAAUGAGAUAACAGCAAUCCGGUCCAAAUACUCGUUUCUGACUCAGUUUGUUCAGAGUGCUGAGGAGAGACUCCAUGCCACGAAUCAACAGAAACAAAACAUGGAGGAUUUCAUCUACAGGCAAUUAAAAAAGACUACCAAAGUAAUGGUGCAUGCCCGUGGAAACUUUGAGAAAAAGUUGCUGCAUUCCGGACCAGAAGAGAAAUCCGAAAGUCAAAAAAAGUCUCGCGGAUAUAAAGGAGACCCGUCAGUGUAUACCGAUAAAUAACAAUCACGAACAGGUGCACCGUGUGUACCAGUAGGGGAACAGUGAGUAACAAACUCUGGAAAACGUCAUCCGAAAAAUGUUCAGUGCAGUUUCUCUAAUCGAUGAAAUAUGCAUAAACAUUGAAGCAUUUGUGACACACUGGUAUUCAUGUGUAAACAGAGUGCAAGAAGAUAAAGACAAUCAGCAGCAUAAAUCUUCCAUUAAUUAACUCAUUAUAAUGCCUGCAGUAGUCCCUGCACUGCCAGCAGUUCAUCUAGGAAAAAAAAGUCUGGAUAUUUAAAGUAAGACAAGGUAUCUUGUCUUAUAUAUAAGUGUAUUAAAAGAACUGGAGCAUGCUUCAGUAUUAUACAGUGACAAAUUUAUCUGAUGUGCCAAUGUCAUAUAUAAUUUGUGUUGUUUUUCGCAUGUUGUGUUAAUUAUAUUUUUUUUUGAUCACUUAAUUUAAAUCACUGCAUUUAUACCAUUAUCUCUUUCUUCAGUUUAAAUGCAUUUUUUUAAUUACUGCAAUCAUUUACUCAUAUAGUGGGACCAAGUGUAUUUGGUAGAAAACAGACAUUUUGAUACAUUUUCAUGAACAUCUGUUGAAUUUUUUUUUAUCAUAAAUGAAGCUGAUAUAGUUAAUUCAGCGCGUCUUCCUGUACAGAGAUUGAAAUAUCUCAUGUGCAAUAAAUCUGUACUUAUUAAAAGCAUAUGCUGAACCAGGGCUUAUCUCAACCCUGGUAAUGCGUGCACAUAUUUAUUUGUAAAUGUCAUUUGAUGAGAGACAUUUUAAAGCAGUGGAAAUAUUUUUGUGUUAAUUUAUUCUAUAGAAGAGAACAGCUUGUUAAAAGAGGAAAUACUUAUAAAUCAAAUAUUUUGUCUUUUAUCAAAAAUUGAAUAAAAGAAUUGAAAGACUG